UAUCACAGGUUUUAGCAGUUCCUAAUGUUUGGACAUUCUUCUAUCUCAGAAGCAUUUUGCAUAGAGUUUUCAGGAGAAUGGAAAGUGAACUUCAGAAUCCCCUGCUGGCAAAGAACAAUGGACACCUUCAUGGCAGUUACCCAUACCACCAGGAUUAUCCUGGCCACCAUUGCCAGGGCAAACUGUAUUCCUAUAUCUUCCAAAAUUCUGGCAAUGCGAGGACUCACCAGCUGCUUGAUGCCAGUUCUCUUCAGCUGGCUGUUGAAGCCUUGUAUGGCCCAAAUUUCAUCCUGGUGAAGGAUGAAGCCAAUGUCAAAGUCAAGGACAAUAAAGGUGAGAGCUGUGAGACGACCUUCAUGGAAAACAAAGAGUCCCCCACUGAGACCUCAGAUGGGCAGGAAACACACAUUUCCUUAAUGGAAAAUGACAUCAAAAUCCAAACCGUAUCCUAUGAAGUGGAGGAAGAAGAAUUGCAGGAAUAUGAGAGUGACUCCUCAAGUGACAGCGAGAGUGAAGAUAAUUUUCUGAUGCUUCCCCCACGAGACCACCUAGGAUUAGCUAUUUUCUCAAUGCUUUGCUGUUUCUGGCCUCUGGGAAUUGCUGCCUUCUACUUUUCUCAAGGGACAAGUAAGGCCAUCUCCAAGGGGGACUUCCACCUGGCAAGCUCAGCUUCCCGGCGAGCUCUGUUCCUUGCUGCGCUCUCCAUCACCAUCGGCACAGGCGUGUACGUUGGAGUGGUUGUCGCACUGAUCGCUUACCUAUCUAAAGGUGGCCAUGUAUAGUAAAGACCUUUGCGUAAAUGCCCACCUCUCUGCACCUGAUGGAUAAUUCUCUUGGAUUACGUACUUUCCUGUGUAACGCAGGACCCCAUACUUACAAGGAGUGUUAUGACGUUUUUUCCUACACAGAGAUCUGUGCUCAAACUGUCUGUGUGGACUCAUCCUUUUUCAGAAGAAUAGACUGUGACCUAUUUUCCAUCAUGGAUUGACAAACUAAAAAAAAAUGCAACCCGCAUCCUUAGUAUAAAAGAUAGCGCAGUCUGAAAGGCCUGGAUUGUGAGAUUGCCAGGAACAAAAAGGGAGAAUGGGGUGGAUUUUAAAACUUUGUCUGCAGGGUGUUUUCAAACCGAUGUUUUUUGUGUGCUAGACAUGCUGUUUGUGAAGUUCAGUCACUUGUUGGAUCCAAGCCCCUGUCUUACUCAGGGCACACAGUGAAGGGAAAUGUUGGGGAAUAUUCAAUUCAUUUAAAGUAUUUUUUCCUUUUGGAGAUCGACCUGAGGGCUAUGCAGCGAUGGCAAAAACAGUAUUUGUCAGGAUAUUAACGUUUUAUGCCACUGACACUACCUGCAGGAUCAAAUGCUACUAAUUCACCCUUUGGUAGCUAGCUAUCAAGCCAGCUUUGAUCAGGUUCUCGCUCAGAGACGCUGUGCAUAUAAACUGCUUCUCAACCCACAUUUCAGGUGUCAGGCUUUCCCCCACAGUCUCAUUUCAUAAUGACAAGACCUGGGUUUGGAGAGUCACAUUCAGUCAUUGCUUCAGUCUCGAAACAGAUAGCUGCUUUAAAUAAGACAGUGAAAAAUAGUUUGUGUGUAAUUUAUUACAGUUAUUAUAACUGAACUCAUUGAACAGGCUUGCAAAAGUCCUCAAGGGCCUUCUAGUUUUAAUUAUAUUUUGGGUUGUGUCAUGCAGAGUGAGUUAACAUGACCAUUCUUGCAUGGAAAAGUAACCAACAGGUGAUGUGGCAUGAUCAUAGAAUCAUAGAAUGAUUGCUUUUUAUGACAUUCAGAAGCACUUUCCUGAAUAUUGAAGACUUCCACAUACGGAGGCAAAUGCAUAUGACCGUACCUCAAAAGUUCCCAAGAUAAGACAUUUUAUGGUGAUUAGAUUUUCCAUGUUAAAAAAUGGUUCUAUAGCCGUCAUUAGAAUCUCCACGUGAACUGGGAGCUUCGUUGUGCCUGACACUGUACACACAAUGAAAUUAAAGCUGCAAUCCUAUAUCCACUUACCUUGGAGUAAGCCCCAUUUAACUCAGUGAGACUUACUUCUGAGUAGGCAUGCAUAGGAUUGUGCUGUAAGUUGUAAUGCUUGUAUUUUAGCUAAUUUAGUUCCACUAAAGUCCAAAUGUAUUCUUUCUUUGAGCUUUUAAUAUGGAUAUUGAAGCUGAUAGAACUAAAUCAUGGCAAAUAUUUGUUGUUGCCUUGUGGUGGGUCUGUUCCUAACUGGAAGGAAGAACGCAAGAGGGUGGUUAUGGCCGAGUUGGUUAUCUCUUCACUGUGAAGUGCUUCAAGAUUGUGUUCUGUCCACCAAAUGGUUCAAAGAAUGCAUGUAUUUGUUAGGUGAGAUAAUUCAGUCUUUGGAGGUACAGUGUAUGCAAAUUGUACCUAGUUAAAUAUUGUUUGCCUCUACACGUGACUCAAGUCUCAGUUCUGAAUCUGUGCUUGACCUUAGCUGUGGACUGAAUUAGGGGAUGCUAUGAAAGCCCUUAUGCACCAGUUGCUGGAGAACACAAGUGGGAGGGUGCCGUUGCACUGUGUCCUGCUUGUGGAUCCCUGGUCGACAGUUGGUUGGCCACUGUGUGAGCAGAAUGCUGGACUAGAUGCACCCUUGGCCUGAUCCAGCAUGGCUCUUUUUAUGUUCUCAGCUGGUGUAGAACAUGUCCACUCACUGUCCGCAAUGUUCCAACAUCUGCCUAGUGUGCUUCAGAACACAAUUCAUGGUGCUUGCCAACCUUUAGCCCGCAAGUUGUUGUUGGACUACAACUCCCAUAAUCCCUAACCAUUGGCUCUGCUGGGAAUUGGAGUGCAGAAACAUCUGGAGGGCCACAGAUUCCCACAUCUGAGAUAUAAGCCCAUGAGGCCUCUAUGAUCUUGUGGGGGUAUUGGGUUGAAUGUGCCAUUGUUAUAAUAUGGUCACCUACAGCAGGCUGAGUGACAUUCUCUGAGUUGGCCCUCUCUGGGUGUAGAGCAUACUCUCAGCAAAGGCCCACAUAUGUCUGGACCUCCAGGCCUCUUGAAAAUACCAUCAGCCUUCCCUGUUCACACAGGCAUUUGAUAGCAAGAGAUGUGUACAGGGGCAUUUGUUUUUAAGUAGCUGUGUUCCUUUUUACAGUAUUAUAUAUGUUUCAAAUAUGAAAUGUUUUAAAGUGGCUGGAAGCUGCCCUGAGCCUCUUGAGGAUGGGUAGUGUAAAAACAAAAUGCCACAUAUGAAUAAACAAGCCCAAAUCCUUCAGCAGAGCUGAAGUUAGUAAGGGAUAGAGAGGGUUCUAAUCAGACCAUGGAAAGAACGUCAGGAGAAACAAGUGAUGUGGAGAGAUAAGGUGACUUGGUCCUUCUAGUUGAAAUAAUAUCCGAUAAGCCAAGCUGUGUCUGCCUCCCCAAGGCAGUUUCCCAGCCUCUGUUGUUACAGACAAAAGAAAAAAUUACUAGUGUGAAGCAAACUUCCAAUUAUGGCCAGCAAAGCACAAAUAUUUUUUAUUUUACUUCCAUGCCUUUGCAUGACACGAAAGCAAAAAAUCUCCCUUUCCUGAGGCAAGGAUUUAAUUUCAGCUCUUUUCCUAGCCAGAGGGAGAAAAUGUUGUUUGUUAAUUAUCAAAGUCCAGAAGGGGCAUUGAAGGGUUUUGAAUAGGGGAAGAAAACAAUGCCCCAAAGCUUACUAGGGGAAGGAGGUGCUUCUUCAAGUCUCUGUGCUUGAUAGAGCCUGUAUAGUGCUAUACCUUCCUAAAGCCAUGUGGUAUUUAAUUGCUGUGUGUUUACUUAUCCACUAAUAGGAUAGCAAUUCUGAAUAAAAGGCAAGAAAGAGCAGUCUGUGCCUUGAGUGUGUCUCCCAGACAGUACAAGGAAGUGAACAGAAAUGAAUGAAGAAGUCCUAAGCUAGCAGGCUGCAAAUGUUGCCACAGAGGUGUAGCCUUGGAUGGCUGCCCCACUUCGCCAUUGGUGUCAGCAGGAGAACAAUUAGAGAAUGUGUCGACAGUGAAGGGACUCUGGAGAUUGUGCAGAUUAGGGUGAAUGAAAAAGGAAUUUUAUUGCUGGAAAAAGUGCAGAAAAGGGCAACUAAAAUGAUCAAGGGGCUGGAGCAUCUCUCCUAUGAGGAAAGGUUACAACAGUUAGGAUUGUUUAGCUUGGAGAAAAGGAGGAGACAUGGUACAAGUGUACAAAAUUUUGCCUGGUACGGAUAAUUUUUCUCCCUCUCUCAUAAUACUAGAACCCAGGUCAUCCCAUAAAGCUGAUUAGUGGGAAAUUCAGAACAGAUAAAAGGAAGUACUUCACACAGCGCAUGGUUAAACUAUGGAAUUCACUACCACAAGAUGUAGCGAUGGCUUCCAAUUUGGGUGGCUUUAAAAGGGGGUUGGAUACAUUCCUGGAGGAGAAGGCUAUCAAUGGCUACUAGGCCUAAUGGCUAUGUGCUACCUCUAGUAUCAGAGGCAGUAAGCCUAUAUACAGCAGUUGCUGGGGAUCAUGGGCAGGAGGGUGCUGUUGAACCUGUGUCUUGCUCGUGGGUUCCUGAUUGUCAGUCGGUCAGCCACUGGACUAGAUGGACCCUUGACCUGAUCCAGCAUGGCUCUUCUUAUGUUCUUAAAGGUGCUCAGGGACAGGGUGAGAAAUAGAAAGGGAAGUGUGGGGAACUGUAAAGACAAGAAGGAUGGAAAAUGGGCUUGAGGAUGAUUGAAAAGGAAGAAAUGGGGGUGGCAGGGGCUGUUCAAGAGGGAGGAAGGAAGGAAGGAAGGCAGGCAGGAAGGAAGGCAGGCAGGCAGGUAGGCAAACAGCAGAGAUGGCAAAAGAGGUAGAAGUAGUGGAAACCAACUCUUGGCUAAAUGGAGAUAACUCUUUGGCCAUCUUCCAUUUAUAGUAUGAGCUUAGUAUGCACCACCUUCCGAAUUAAAAUACUGUGGAUCAAACACAGGGUGAGACAUUGACUGUUGAGAAGUAUUAACAAUUUUCCAGGUACUUCCUAUUAGGAAGAUUGUUGUAAUCUUUCCCCUGGAAAGCUAGAGUCUCUCCUUUCACUGCCCUCCCCUUCCCUCCCCUCCUCAAGCUUCACACCUGAGCCCUCAGCACUUCGCAUUCUCUUUCCCCAACUUCUCACGCCAGUGUCUAGAGGCACAGACUGGAGCUCCCUGUCCUCUUUCUUGGAUCUAUCUGUGCACGCUGUAGCUAUUCUGUAAGAGGCUCGGCAUGUUCUGUAUAGUUCAGAUGUACAUCUUAUUCUAAAAUAGCAUGUUAAUGUCUGAGAUUUCUACUGUACUUGAGCCAUAAUGGAGAGAAGCACAUGAGAAAAGAAACCUGUUCAGAAGAAACCUCUGAAGGGGCCCAUUAUGUUUUAUAUAAUGAAAGAUAAUAAAAAGCA